AUGGCGAAUUUAAAUAUAUUUGGGCAAGAAGUUGGUGCUGACGUCGAAGGUUGGACAACAAGGGCCUUCCCAGAGAAAGUUGUAUUGAAAGGUAACACUUGCAGACUAGAACCUCUAGAUAGAGAAAGACAUGGUUCGGAACUUUUUAGUGCCUAUAGUGAGGCAGGCCAAAAAUUAUGGACGUAUUUACCUGCGGGACCAUUCACUAACUUGGAGGAAUAUCUAGAAUUCAUUAAGGAACUCAAUGAAACUAAAGAUACUGUGCCUUUCGCAAUUAUUAAUAAAGAGACUGAACGUGCCGUUGGUACAUUGUGCUUAAUAAGAAUCGAUGAAGCCAACGGUUCACUAGAAGUUGGAUAUGUUGUUUUUUCACCAGAAUUACAGAAGACGAUUAUUGCAACUGAAGCUCAAUUUCUGUUAAUGAAGUAUGUAUUUGAUGAUCUUCAAUACAGGAGAUAUGAGUGGAAGUGUGAUAGUUUAAAUGGGCCGUCAAGGAGGGCAGCGAUGCGCUUAGGCUUUAAGUAUGAAGGCACGUUUCGACAAGUGGUGGUAUAUAAGGGUCGCACUCGCGACACUCAAUGGUUUUCAAUAAUCGAUAAAGAAUGGUUACGCAUUCGUAAAACCUUUGAAGAAUGGUUAGACAAAACAAAUUUUGAAAAUGGCAAACAAAAGAGAGGAAUAGCAGCAAUAAGAGAAAGCUUGUCAAACUGA